ACAUGGCUUUAGGAUCGUGUGCAAAUACUAGUAAACAAUAUAAUACUGCCGUGUCUUUUCACAAUUACAGAGCGACUUUGGAUAUCGGAGAUAUUGUAUCGUAUUCAUUAGAGAACCAAGAAUUCUUCUUUCAUUAUGAGUGAUCCAUGCAACUGCCUUACAACCGGCGCCUGUGUGUGCGAUGUCGACUGCGACUGUUCCGAGUGCAGGUGCGGCGACAGCUGUAAAUGCAAUCCGUCCGAGUGUGGAUGCAAAUCCGCCUGCAAGUGUAGAGACAAAUGCGAAUGCGGAGCCGGAUGCACAGGGCCCGUAUGCAAGUGCGACAGCAGCUGCUCGUGCAAGUGAAUGGAUGACGUCACCCAGUUACAGCGGCGAACGACAAAACUGAUGAUGACGGCAUUUGUUGAUAUUCCCCGUUACACACUCCGCCGCUACACAUCUUCAGAUUUUCGUUGGUGGUUCAGGAAUCUUCAUCAAAACAACUGAUUUCAUUGCAGACACUGUUUUGAAUUUUUAUUGUUCUAGCUUUUAGCAGUAUUAGUUUGAAUAACAAAUUAAUGUAAAUGAACGCUUAAACAUCAUAUUUUAACAGUAACGAGGAGCAAGCAAUUACAUGUACAUUUUAUUUAGAUACUUAGAGACAUUUUUUGUAUAAAAUCAAUAACAACCAAAUCUCUCUUCAUCAGCUAUGCUAUAUGAACCAUUAUCAGCAUUAUGUUAAAUGUAGAUUUCAAUCUGUUUUAGAAAUUCUUUAUUCUCUCUUCAUCAGCUAUGCUAUAUGAACCAUUAUCAGCAUUAUGUUAAAUGUAGAUUUCAAUCUGUUUUAGAAAUUCUUUAUCAGACUGUCAAUCUCUUGUCGUUUCUCAUCUUGACGACAGACGUUAAUUGUCAGACUCACCCUGUAACUGUGUGACUCGCAUGUUCAUAAUUUGCACUUGAUGCUGUAUUUUUACUACCUUUAUUGUUUCAUUUUUAUAAUUUCUAUGUUGCUAUAUCUGUAGUUGUAUGUUGUCAUGUACUAAACAAAAUAAACGUAAAAACAAA